GGGAGCGUAGGUUAGUCUAGAAUUAAGGGAAGGUGUGAGGCCAAGUGCAAGCCAAGGGCGUCGUAAGGGUCUCGGUGGCAAGGGAUGCAUCAGGCAGUAACCUUGCCACUCAACUCUACUGCGCAAAUCUUCUUCAACUGCUUGGGUGAUGGCAGGAUCCCGAACAAGGACUAUGGCCCGCAUUGUAGGGCUAGGUGCAGGCAUAGUCGGUGUGGGUGCACUCACUGCCUCCUACAUAUACGAUGAUGACCAGCACACAAAGAGACAGUUCAUCCGUGUGGCAGCAGCUGAGAAUCUUAACAGCAGGCCCACAAAACCCUUGCCAACACGAGAACAGCAGCUUAAAAGUCUCAGCUCAGAGUCUUUUGAUAUUUUGAUCAUUGGAGGAGGAGCUACUGGUGCAGGAUGUGCAUUGGAUUCUGUUUCUCGUGGUCUCAAGACUGCUUUGGUAGAAAUGGAAGACUUCAGUUCAGGCACGUCUUCCAGGUCAACUAAGCUUAUCCAUGGAGGUGUUCGCUAUCUGCAAAAAGCAAUAUUGGGUCUGGACAUUGAGCAGUACAGAAUGGUGAAAGAGGCUCUCCAUGAAAGAGCUAACUUGCUAGACAUUGCUCCCCAUCUCUCAUACCCUCUACCUAUCAUGCUACCAGUGUAUAAGUGGUGGCAACUUCCCUAUUUCUGGGCUGGUAUCAAGAUGUAUGACUUAGUGGCAGGCAGCAAAUGUCUCAAGAGUUCUUAUGCAAUUAGUAAGGAGCGAGCUCUUGAAUUAUUCCCUAUGUUGAAGAAGGACAAAUUGGUAGGAGCCAUUGUUUACUAUGAUGGCCAGCACAACGACGCUAGAAUGAACCUUUCCAUAGCCCUCACAGCAACGAGACUUGGUGCCACCAUUGCCAACCAUGCCAGAGUCCUGUCACUCUUGAAAGAGAAGGAUGAAAGUGGCAAGGAGAAGUUGUGUGGUGCCAUAGUUAGAGAUGAAAUAACUGGAAAAGAGAUGACAGUUAAAGCAAAGUGCAUUGUUAAUGCCACUGGACCAUUCACAGAUUCUAUAAGGAAAAUGGACAAUCAGGUUUCAAAGGAAAUCUGUGCUCCAAGUUUGGGUGUCCACAUCACACUUCCAGACUACUAUUCUCCUGAACAAAUGGGACUUCUGGAUCCCAAUACAUCUGAUGGAAGAGUAAUUUUCUUUCUUCCGUGGGAAGGCCGUACCAUUGCAGGAACUACUGACACUCCAUGUGAUGUCUCCCACAGUCCUGCCCCAACUGAAGAUGAUAUUCAGUUUAUUCUUAGGGAAGUUAGAAAUUAUCUGAAUCCAGAUGUAGAGGUACGUCGAGGAGAUGUGCUCUCAGCUUGGGCUGGAAUACGACCUUUGGUUCAGGACCCAAAUAAGACAGACACACAAAGUAUUGCAAGAAAUCACAUUGUGCACGUGAGUGAAAAUGGUCUGGUAACAAUUGCAGGAGGAAAGUGGACUACAUAUCGAUCCAUGGCAUCAGAAGCCAUGGAUACAGCAAUUAAAGCCUGCAAUCUAUCCCCUGCUCACCAAGAAUCUCAGACAGAUGGUUUGUUAUUGGAAGGAGCUCACAAAUGGACACCAACCAUGUACAUCCGUCUUGUCCAAGACUUUGGACUGGAAUCUGAGGUAGCCAAGCACUUGGCCCAUACAUAUGGGGACAGAGCUUUCAGUGUCGCCAAGCUGGCAUCUCUGACAGGGAAACGCUGGCCAAUUGUUGGACGACGCCUACACAGUGAAUUUCCAUACAUUGAUGCUGAGGUGCGGUAUGCCUGCCGGGAGUAUGCUGCCACAGCUGUAGAUGUGAUUGGUAGAAGGCUUCGUCUGGCUUUCCUUAAUACUCAGGCUGCUGGGGAGGCUUUGCCUACUGUGGUUAACAUUAUGGCAGAAGAAUAUAAAUGGUCUGAGGGAGAAAAAAAAAGGCAGUUAGAAGCUGCUAGCAAGUACCUCCAACAGGAAAUGGGGCAGAAUGUGAACCGAGCAUCAAGGGAGAAAAUACCUAUUAAUCUGUCAAAGAGUGAGAUAUCAGAGUAUGUAAAACGCUUCAACUCCCUUGAUACUGACAAGAAAGGUUACAUCUCACUGAAUGAUUUGCGAGCAUCACUCAAGGCAAGGGGUCAGGAUGUUCCUGGAGACACUCUUCAUGAGAUACUUAAUGAAAUUGAUCUCAAUCUUAAUGGACAAGUGGAAUUUGAUGAGUAUUUACAGAUGAUGGCAGCAAUAAAGGUGGGUUCCAUCUCUCACUCCCGGUUUGCACAACUGGCAGAAAUGGCAGAGGAGGAUCAAAGGAAGAAAAUUACUGUUGAUCGCAGUGGUGGUGGACUAUAGCAACAAGCAAAAACUUCAUUCUAUUCAUCUUAAUUGAUUAUAAUCAGGCAAUGUAUAACUUUUUAUUGAUUAUAAUCAGGCAAUGUGUGACUUUUUAAUAAGUUUACAGUGAUUCUUGCUUCCAGAUAUAAUGAUAUUUGUAUUAGAUGAAUCUUCAUAGUUACUUAUAUAUGUAUAAACAGUACAUAAUAUAUGGCAAAUAUAUUUCUUGAUUGAGUUUGGGGAUUUUCUUCAUAUUCAACUUCUCAUUAUUGUUAUUCAUCUUACCCAUAAAUGUUAUUGAAAUGCAUGUACAUAAAUACAUAAAUAUCAGGGAUAUAUUACUGUAAUUACUGUGUUCCACAAAAAGCAUUUAAAACAAUAAUGAUUUACAUACAGGCAAAAAGUCCAAGAAGGAUUUGAUGAUUAGGAAAUUGGAACCAAACUAGCAAACACAAGAGAAAAAUAGUAAUUAUUACCAUUGUCAAAUAUAAGUAUGUUAAAUGGAAUCCAGAUAUCAUUAAUGAGUAUAAAGUGAACAUAAGAUUGAGAAGAUAUAUUCAAAAUGAAAGUAAAGGAAAGAAAGAAUUUUGUAAUUUUGAUUUUAUCUUUUAAGUUUUAAAUGACUUGACAAAAAAAAGUGUGGAAUGUACAUCAUCUUUUCUAGUGAUUUGUACAAUUUUUAUAAUGCAUAUUGUUCAGUAAGGAGAAUUUAAUUCUGAUUGGACUGUUGUAUGAUGACUUCAAAUCCUCACAGUACAGUGCUUUACGGUGACAAUGAGUAGUGGUAGUGUAAGAGUAAGCUGUGGUUGUAUAGACUUGCAUUGCUGCUUAUCGGUGCACAUUGAUUUGUGCUGAUACAGCUCUGUCAUUUUUUUUUUUUUACCAAGAACUUCCAUAUUUUUCAACAUACAGUGGUACCUUGAGAUACGAGUUUAAUUUGUUCCAUGAUGGAGCUUGUAUCUCAAAUAGCUCGUACCUCAAAAAAAAUUUUCCCAUUGAAAUGCAUUGAAAUGCCAUUAAUCCAUUCCAACCUCCUGAAAAAGAACACCCCUAUUUCUUUAUGUGUUUUCAGGUAAGAAAAAGGUAUUUAUAAAUAAUCAUUGCACAGAAACAUAAUAAAACAUAACAAAAGAUAAUAUAAAUAGAUUAACUACACUUAUAAGGUAUAUUUAUCUAUGAGGGUGCAUUCCAUGGGACGUUACCCUACUGCAUUCCCAACCCUCCCUUGGGACUAUUGAUCAGCUAGAGUGUACAAAUAUAGCCACCUACAGAAGAAUGACUGCUCUAAUAAUCACAGAAGAGCUUGUUGACGAUCCUGUAAACAUUAUUCAUUGAAUAAAUGAAGUUUUAAGUAGGAGAAAAAGGGAGGUUUGUUUACAUUGUUUCCCCCUCCUCCACGAUAAGUGUUGGUGGAGGAGGUAGGCAGAGAUAGAAGAAAUUUGUUUUACCUUUUCAGUUACAUACACAUGCAUACUUUAUCAAUACAUGAAAAUAUAUAAAAUAACAGCAUAAGUUUAUAUAGUGUUCUUAUCUUGGAGACAUGUUUUCACCUAAUAUUGGUAAAUGGUGAUGGAGGAGGAGGGAGGGAGGAAAGGAUGUAGGCAGCAUUCAUACAUAAACAUUAAACAUAAAUUAAACUGGACUUUGUUUAAACAAAAAAGAAAAGGUCAGUAAAUAGUGUGAAAAUGAUGAAAGAACAAUCAAAGAGCAGAUCCACGGGAAACACACAGAUACUAGCUCAGCUGAGGCUAGACCAAUGCACUGAGCCACCAACUAUAGUGGCUACAUCCCAAAGUAUGACUCGUAUCUCAAAAUUUUGCUCACAUCUCAAAAUAAGAAAUUGACCAAAUCGUAGCUCAUAUCUAAAAAAAACUUGUAUCUCAUGCAGCUCGUAUCUCAAGGUACCUCUGUAUAUAAUACUGUUAAUAUGAUCUUAUCAAUCAUGUCACAUGAACUGAGCCAACAUAUACUAAGGGUAGGCUGUACUUCUAGUAAAUCUGGUAACCAGUUUUAUCAGUAUUUAAGGCAGCAAAUUCAUUAUAUGAAAUGUUGAGAGGCAGAAAUAAAAAAUAAGCUAUUUGUUUGAAAGUAUUUUGCCUCUGAUAAUUUUGGAGACCUGAGGAAGUAUUUAGACUUUCUAUGGCAUAACUUAUCACUUUAGUGCCAAGGACGCAUCUCUAUGUCUUGAGCACAUAAUAGAGAUAAUUGUGUCUCCCUAACCUUCCCAAACCUUGGUUUAACAGCUUAUUGUCAUGCUAUACAUAAUAGAGAGGCAGCCCAUAAACAUUGCUUGAGCCUUCUAUCACCUGAAAUUUAUGCACUUUACAUUUCUGCCCUAAUGAAGGUUGUUCUUCAGUUAGCUAGAAAUUUCUUCAUUAAUAUGGAAUGUGAAGGUCUCUCAAGAUAUAACUCCCCUUGUAAAUUCUGCCACCUUACCAAAAAUAUUUUCAAUAACCUAUUCUCAUCUUUUCCUCCUUUAUCUCAAUCUGAUAACGAGUCAUCUCAGUUAUCUCUAGAGCUGACUUCUUCACCAAACCUUUGUUCAGAGAUCAAUGUGGGAGGAUUCAGAGUUUGUUCCUCCCUUUCCUCUAUUAUCUAUUUCAUGUCUCUUAUUAAAAUUCUUUCUAAUAAUGUUUUCUAUACUUUUGCUCAUGGACUUGAUAGCACCCCCUCCUAUUGUUCUCAAUAACUACUUCUGUGCUCACUCCUUGCCCAAUCAAACUCUUCUAACUCUAUCAAAAUUUGUAUCUGUCCUUCCUAGAUUAAGUCUGUUCCUCAAAAUGGUGACUGCUCUAAUCCUCCAAAUUACCACACUAUUGUUUGAAUUUCAUGCAAUUCUAGUUUUCAAAUCUAUCCUGUAUAGAAGGAUUAUUAAACAGGUAUCAUUUCACAAUUUUAUGUUUUACUGUUUUUAUGCAUUCCAUCACUGCCAUUCAACUGAUCUUUUGGCUUUCUUUACAGAAUCUCUCUUAAUGAUUUUUGGUGAAACUUCUGCAGUGGUGUUAUAUAUAACAUAAGUAUUUGAUAGGGUCUGGCACAAAACUUUUUUCCCAAACUAUCUUCCUGUAGCUUCUGUGUUUCUGUAACUUAAUCUCAAGUUGUUGCUGUGGUAAACAGUUUCUAUUCUUUUAAGUUUAUUAACAGUGGUGUUCCUCAGGAUUCUGUUCUGUUUAUAUUAUUAAUAAAUUAUGUAAAACUUU